AUGCGUAUAUUUUGUAUUGCCCUCUUGGGCGCUUUCGUGGCACUCGCAUUGGGUGCUACCAUUCACAAGGAGACUGCCUUGAGCACCGAGAAGUUAACGGCUCAGCCGGCAGCCAAUACACCGUGUUGUGAAAGUGUGAGACAAACUCUUUUAGACAUUCGUAAAGAUAUUCGCUUGUGGCUCUUGGAUAGACUUUUCGGUAAAUUAGUUCUUACGCAUGAUGAUGACUGUGCUCAUAAUCGGAUUACCUCAUCAGCGGAUUCUUCGGGAGCUGGGCAGAAUACCGAUAAAUUUGAAGCGAUCAUAAACACUAUUAGACAAACGAUUCCCAGAUCUUCCGGUCGGUUUGACAACGUUAUUAAAAGUGAGAGUAAAACAGUUGUAGAGUCUGGGAACUCCGCUCAAUCUGGAGGCACUGUUGUUGGAGAUGGUAACUCACAACAAUCUAGCUCGACAACAACUACAACAACCACCACAACAUCUUUAGAAGGAUCUGAGAAAUCAAGUUCAGUGGUUGAUCCCGUUGUGAGGAACAACACUGUUGUUGGAGGUGGUAACUCGCAACAAUCUAGCUCGACAACAACUACGACAACCACUACAACAUCUUCAGAAGGAUCUGAGAAAUCCAGCUCAUUGGUUGAUCCCGUUGUGAAAGAAACAAAAUCUUCGGAAGAAUCAACUAAAUCCACUAUUGUUGGAGGUGGUAACUCGCAACAAUCAAGCUCGACAACAACUACGACAACCACUACAACAUCUUCAGAUGGAUCUGAGAAAUCAAGUUCAGUGGUUGAUCCCGUUGUGAAAGAAACAACAUCUUCGGCAGAAUCAACUAAAUCCACUGUUGUUGGAGGUGGUAACUCGCAACAAUCUAGCUCGACAACAACUUCGACAACCACUACAACAUCUUCAGAAGGAUCUGAGAAACCGAGCUCAUUGGUUGAUCCCGUUGUGAAAGAAACAAAACCUUCGGAAGAAUCAACUAAGUCCAGUUCAACAUCCAGCGGAAACACUGUUGUUGGAGGUGGUAAUUCGCAACAAUCUAGCUCGACGACAACAACGACAACCACCACAACAUCUUCAGAUGGAUCUGAGAAACCGAGCUCGUUGGUUGAUCCCGUUGUGAAAGAAACAACAUCUUCGGAAGAAUCAACUAAAUCCACUGUUGUUGGAGGUGGUAACUCGCAACAAUCUAGCUCGACAACAACUUCGACAACCACUACAACAUCUUCAGAAGGAUCUGAAAAACCGAGCUCAUUGGUUGAUCCCGUUGUGAAAGAAACAAAAUCUUCGGAAGAAUCAACUAAUGGUAAUUCGCAACAAUCUAGCUCGACGACAACAACGACAACCACCACAACAUCUUCAGAUGGAUCUGAGAAACCGAGCUCGUUGGUUGAUCCCGUUGUGAAAGAAACAAAAUCUACGGAAGAAUCAACUAAAUCUAGCUCAACAUCCAGCGGAGACACUUUUGUUGGAGGUGGUAACUCGCAACAAUCAAGCUCGACGACAACAACGACAACCACUACAACAUCUUCGGAUGGAUCUGAGAAAUCCAGUUCAGUAGUUGAUCCCGUUGUGAAAGAAACAACAUCUUCGGAAGAAUCAACUAAAUCCAGUUCAACAUCCGGCGGAGACACUGUUGUUGGAAAUGGUAGCUCGCAACAAUCUAGCUCGACAACAACAACGACAACCACCACAACAUCUUCAGAAGGAUCUGAGAAACCGAGCUCAUUGGUUGAUCCCGUUGUGAAAGAAACAAAAUCUUCGGAAGAAUCAACUAAAUCUAGCUCAACAUCCAGCGGAGACACUGUUGUUGGAGGUGGUAACUCGCAACAAUCAAGCUCGACGACAACAACGACAACCACUACAACAUCUUCAGAAGGAUCUGAGAAAUCCAGUUCAGUGGUUGAUCCCGUUGUGAAAGAAACAACAUCUUCGGAAGAAUCAACUAAAUCCAGUUCAACAUCCGGCGGAGACACUGUUGUUGGAGGUGGUAACUCGCAACAAUCUAGCUCGACGACAACAACGACAACCACCAUAACAUCUUCAGAUGGAUCUGAGAAAUCAAGUUCAGUGGUUGAUCCCGUUGUGAAGGAAACAACAUCUUCGGAAGAAUCAACUAAAUCCAGCUCAACAUCCGGCGGAGACACUGUUGUUGGAGGUGAUAACUCACAACAAUCUAGCUCGACAACAACUACGACAACCACUACAUCUUCAGAAGGAUCUGAGAAACCGAGCUCAUUGGUUGAUCCCGUUGUGAAAGAAACAAAAUCUUCGGAAGAAUCAACUAAAUCUAGCUCAACAUCCAGCGGAGAAACUGUUGUUGGAGGUGGUAACUCGCAACAAUCAAGCUCGACGACAACAACGACAACCACUACAACAUCUUCGGAUGGAUCUGAGAAAUCCAGUUCAGUGGUUGAUCCCGUUGUGAAAGAAACAAAAUCUUCGGAAGAAUCAACUAAAUCCAGUUCAACAUCCGGCGGAGACACUGUUGUUGGAGGCGGUAGCUCGCAACAAUCUAGCUCGACAACAACUACAACAACCACCACAACAUCUUCAGAAGGAUCUGAGAAAUCUAGUUCAGUGGUUGAUCCCGUUGUGAAGGAAACAAUAUCUUCGGAAGAAUCAACUAAAUCCAGUUCAACAUCCGGCGGAGACACUGUUGUUGGAGGUGGUAACUCGCAACAAUCUAGCUCGACGACAACAACGACAACCACCAUAACAUCUUCAGAUGGAUCUGAGAAAUCAAGUUCAGUGGUUGAUCCCGUUGUGAAGGAAACAACAUCUUCGGAAGAAUCAACUAAAUCCAGCUCAACAUUUGGCGGAGACACUGUCGUUGAAGGUGGUAACUCACAACAAUCUAGCUCGACAACAACUACAACAACCACCACAACAUCUUUAGAAGGAUCUGAGAAAUCAAGUUCAGUGGUUGAUCCCGUUGUGAAGGAAACAACAUCUUCGGAAGAAUCAACUAACUCCAGCUCAACAUCCGGCGGAGACACUGUCGUUGAAGGUGGUAACUCACAACAAUCUAGCUCGACAACAACUACAACAACCACCACAACAUCUUCAGAAGGAUCUGAGAAAUCAAGUUCAGUGGUUGAUCCCGUUGUGAAGGAAACAACAUCUUCGGAAGAAUCAACUAAAUCCAGCUCAACAUCCGGCGGAGACACUGUUGUUGGAGGUGAUAACUCACAACAAUCUAGCUCGACAACAACUACAACAACCACUACAACAUCUUCAGAAGGAUCUGAGAAAUCAAGUUCAGUGGUUGAUCCCGUUGUGAAGGAAACAACAUCUUCGGAAGAAUCAACUAAAUCCACUAUUGUUGGAGGUGGUAACUCGCAACAAUCUAGCUCGACAACAACAACGACAACCACUACAACAUCUUCAGAAGGAUCUGAGAAAUCCAGUUCAGUAGUUGAUCCCGUUGUGAAAGAAACAAAAUCUUCGGAAGAAUCAACUAAAUCCACUAUUGUUGGAGGUGGUAAUUCACAACAAUCUAGCUCGACAACAACUACGACAACCACCACAACAUCUUCGAAAGGAUCUGAGAAAUCAAGUUCAGUGGUUGAUCCCGUUGUGAAGGAAACAACAUCUUCGGAAGAAUCAACUAAAUCCAGCUCAACAUCCGGCGGAGACACUGUUGUUGAAGGUGGUAACUCGCAACAAUCUAGCUCGACAACAACUACGACAACCACUACAACAUCUUCAGAAGGAUCUGAAAAAUCCAGUUCAGUAGUUGAUCCCGUUGUGAAAGAAACAAAAUCUUCGGAAGAAUCAACUAAAUCCACUAUUGUUGGAGGUGGUAACUCGCAACAAUCAAGCUCGACAACAACUACGACAACCACUACAACAUCUUCAGAUGGAUCUGAGAAAUCAAGUUCAGUGGUUGAUCCCGUUAUGAAGGAAACAACAUCUUCGGAAGAAUCAACUAAGUCCAGUUCAACAUCCGGCGGAGAUACUGUUGUUGGAGGUGGUAACUCGCAACAAUCUAGCUCGACGACAACAACGACAAACACCACAACAUCUUCAGAUGGAUCUGAGAAAUCCAGUUCAGUGGUUGAUCCCGUUGUGAAAGAAACAAAAUCUUCGGAUGAAUCAACUAAAUCUAGCUCAACAUCUGGCGGUGACACAGUUGUGGGAGGUGGUAACUCACAACAAUCUAGUUCGACAACAACUACAACAACCACCACAACAUCUUCAGAAGGAUCUGAGAAAUCCAGUUCAUUGGUUGAUCCCGUUGUGAAAGAAACAAAAUCUUCGGAAGAAUCAACUAAAUCCACUAUUGUUGGAGGUGGUAACUCGCAACAAUCUAGCUCGACGACAACAACGACAACCACCACAACAUCUUCAGAUGGAUCUGAGAAAUCCAGUUCAGUGGUUGAUCCCGUUGUGAAAGAAACAAAGUCUUCGGAAGAAUCAACUAAAUCCACUAUUGUUGGAGGUGGUAAUUCACAACAAUCUAGCUCGACAACAACUACAACAACCACUACAACAUCUUCAGAAGGAUCUGAGAAAUCAAGUUCAGUGGUUGAUCCCGUUACGAAGGAAACAACAUCUUCGGAAGAAUCAACUAAGUCCAGUUCAACAUCCAGCGGAAACACUGUUGUUGGAGGUGGUAAUUCGCAACAAUCUAGCUCGACGACAACAACGACAACCACCACAACAUCUUCAGAUGGAUCUGAGAAAUCCAGUUCAGUAGUUGAUCCCGUUGUGAAAGAAACCACGUCUUCGGAAGAAUCAACUAAAUCCACUAUUGUUGGAGGUGGUAAUUCACAACAAUCUAGCUCGACGACAACAACGACAACCACCAUAACAUCUUCAGAUGGAUCUGAGAAAUCCAGCCCAUUGGUUGAUCCCGUUGUGAAGGAAACAACAUCUUCGGAAGAAUCAACUAAAUCUAGCUCAACAUCCGGCGGAGACACUGUUGUUGGAGGUGGUAACUCGCAACAAUCUAGCUCGACGACAACAACGACAACCACCAUAACAUCUUCAGAUGGAUCUGAGAAAUCCAGUUCAGUAGUUGAUCCCGUUGUGAAAGAAACCACGUCUUCGGAAGAAUCAACUAAAUCCACUAUUGUUGGAGGUGGUAAUUCACAACAAUCUAGCUCGACGACAACAACGACAACCACCAUAACAUCUUCAGAUGGAUCUGAGAAAUCCAGCCCAUUGGUUGAUCCCGUUGUGAAGGAAACAACAUCUUCGGAAGAAUCAACUAAAUCUAGCUCAACAUCCGGCGGAGACACUGUUGUUGGAGGUGGUAACUCGCAACAAUCUAGCUCGACGACAACAACGACAACCACCAUAACAUCUUCAGAUGGAUCUGAGAAAUCCAGCCCAUUGGUUGAUCCCGUUGUGAAAGAAACAACAUCUUCGGAAGAAUCAACUAAAUCUAGCUCAACAUCCAGCGGAGACACUGUUGUUGGAGGUGGUAAUUCGCAACAAUCUAGCUCGACGACAACAACGACAACCACCAUAACAUCUUCAGAUGGAUCUGAGAAAUCCCAGCCCAUUUGCUCAACAUCCAGCGGAGACACUUUUGUUGGAGGUGGUAAAUCGCAACAAUCUAGCUCGACGACAACAACGACAACCACCACAACAUCUUCAGAUGAAUCUGAGAAAUCCAGUUCAGUGGUUGAUCCCGUUGUGAAAGAAACAAAAUCUUCGGAAGAAUCAACUAAAUCCACUAUUGUUGGCGGUGGUAAUUCACAACAAUCUAGCUCGACAACAACUAUGACAACCACUACAACAUCUUCAGAAGGAUCUGAGAUAUCCAGCUCAUUGGUUGAUCCCGUUGUGAAAGAAACAAAAUCUUCGGAAGAAUCAACUAAAUCUAGCUCAAAAUCUGGCGGAGACACUGUUGUGGGAGGUGGUAACUCACAACAAUCUAGUUCGACAACAACUACGACAACCACUACAACAUCUUCAGAAGGAUCUGAGAAAUCCAGCUCAUUGGUUGAUCCCGCUGUGAAAGAAACAACGUCUUCGGAAGAAUCAACUAAAUCCACCAUUGUUGACGGUGGUAAUUCACAACAAUCUAGCUCGACAACAACUACGACAACCACUACAACAUCUUCAGAAGGCUCUGAGAAAUCCAGCUCAUUGGUUGAUCCCGUUGUGAAAGAAACAAAAUCUUCGGAAGAAUCAACUAAAUCUAGCUCAACAUCUGGCGGAGACACUGUUGUGGGAGGUGGUAACUCACAACAAUCUAGUUCGACAACAACUACGACAACCACUACAACAUCUUCAGAAGGAUCUGAGAAACCCAGUUCAUUGGUUGCUCCCGUUGUGAAUGAAACAACAUCUUCGGAAGAAUCAACUAAAUCCACUAUUGUUGGAGGUGGUAACUCGCAACAAUCUAGCUCGACGACAACAACGACAACCACCACAACAUCUUCAGAUGGAUCUGAGAAAUCCAGUUUAGUGGUUGAUCCGGUUGUGAAAGAAACAAAGUCUUCGGAAGAAUCAACUAAAUCCACAAUUGUUGGAGGUGGUAAUUCACAACAAUCUAGCUCGACAACAACUACGACAACCACUACAACAUCUUCAGAAGGAUCUGAGAAAUCCAGCUCAUUGGUUGAUCCCGUUGUGAAAGAAACAACAUCUUCGGAAGAAUCAACUAAAUCUAGCUCAACAUCUGGCGGAGACACUGUUGUUGGAGGUGGUAACUCGCAACAAUCUAGCUCGACGACAACAACGACAACCACCACAACAUCUUCAGAUGGAUCUGAGAAAUCCAGUUCAGUGGUUGAUCCCGUUAUGAAAGAAACAACAUCUUCGGAAGAAUCAACUAAAUCCACUAUUGUUGGAGGUGGUAAUUCACAACAAUCUAGCUCGACCACAACUACGACAACCACCACAACAUCUUCAGAAGGAUAUGAGAAACCGAGCUCAUUGGUUGAUCCCGUUGUGAAAGAAACAAAAUCUUCGGAAGAAUCAACUAAAUCUAGCUCAACAUCCAGCGGAGACACUGUUGUUGGAGGUGGUAACUCGCAACAAUCUAGCUCGACGACAACAACGACAACCACCACAACAUCUUCAGAUGGAUCUGAGAAAUCCAGUUCAGUGGUUGAUCCCGUUGUGAAAGAAACAACAUCUUCGGAAGAAUCAACUAAAUCCACUGUUGUUGGAGGUGGUAACUCGCAACAAUCUAGCUCGACGACAACAACGACAACCACUACAACAUCUUCAGAUGGAUCUGAGAAAUCCAGUUCAGUGGUUGAUCCCGUUGUGAAAGAAACAACAUCUUCGGAAGAAUCAACUAAAUCCACUGUUGUUGGAGGUGGUAAUUCACAACAAUCUAGCUCGACAACAACUUCGACAACCACUACAACAUCUUCAAAAGGAUCUGAGAAACCGAGCUCAUUGGUUGAUCCCGUUGUGAAAGAAACAAAAUCUUCGGAAGAAUCAACUAAAUCCAGUUCAACAUCCGGCGGAGACACUGUUGUUGGAGGUGGUAGCUCGCAACAAUCCAGCUCGACGACAACAACGACAACCACCACAACAUCUUCAGAAGGAUCUGAGAAAUCCAGUUCAGUGGUUGAUCCCGUUGUGAAAGAAACAACAUUUUCGGAAGAAUCAACUAAAUCCACUGUUGUUGGAGGUGGUAACUCGCAACAAUCUAGCUCGACGACAACAACGACAACCACUACAACAUCUUCAGAUGGAUCUGAGAAAUCCAGUUCAGUGGUUGAUCCCGUUGUGAAAGAAACAACAUCUUCGGAAGAAUCAACUAAAUCCACUGUUGUUGGAGGUGGUAACUCGCAACAAUCUAGCUCGACAACAACUUCGACAACCACUACAACAUCUUCAGAAGGAUCUGAGAAACCGAGCUCAUUGGUUGAUCCCGUUGUGAAAGAAACAAAAUCUUCGGAAGAAUCAACUAAAUCCAGUUCAACAUCCGGCGGAGACACUGUUGUUGGAGGUGGUAGCUCGCAUCAAUCCAGCUCGACAACAACAACGACAACCACCACAACAUCUUCUGAAGGAUCUGAGAAAUCCAGUUCAGUGGUUGAUCCCGUUGUAAAAGACACUUCCAGUUACCCAAUUAUUCAGUCCGACGAGCUUGUUGAAGAUAACGGCACUGACAAAUCCGGCUCAACGGCAUCUCAUCUCAACAUCUUAAAGGUCAUUGGAGGUGCCAACGCCCGCGAAUCCAGCUCAUCAACAACAACAACCACGACAACUUCUGAGGGAUCUGGCUCAUCUUAUACUCCUGUUGUUAAAGAUACUUCCAGACAGAUUAAGACUGUUGUCGAAUCUGGAAACACUGCUCAAUCCGGACCUGUCAAAGACGGAUCUAAUUCAAAAACUGUAGUUUCGAGCUCAUGGUCGAAGAAGUCUAGCUCAUCGAGUAAGGGUUCUGGUCCGAAAGUACAGAUUGCUCUAGAUUCUAACUCUGGAACUAUUGUAAAAGGUGCUCGAGGCGUUAUUGGAAAUAUCAUAAAGGUCAUUGGAGGUGCCAACACCCGCGAAUCCAGCUCAUCAACAACUACAUCCACGACAACUUCUGAGGGAUCUGGCUCAUCGAUUACCCCUGUUGUUGAUAGUACUUCCAGACAGAUUAAGACUGUUGUCGAAUCUGGAAACACUGCUCAAUCCGGACCUGCCAAAGACGGAUCUAACUCAAAAACUGUAGUUUCGAGCUCAUGGUCGAAGAAGUCUAGCUCAUCGAGUAAGGGUUCUGGUCCAAAAGUAAAAAUUGCUCUAGAUUCUAACUCUGGAACUAUUGUAAAUGGUGCUCGGGAUGUUAUUGGAAAUAUCAUAAAGGUCAUUGGAGGUGCCAACACCCGCGAAUCUAGUUCAUCAACAACUACAACCACGACAACUUCUGAGGGAUCUGGCUCAUCGAUUACCCCUGUUGUUGAAAGUACAUCCAGACAGAUUAAGACUGUUGUCGAAUCUGGAAACACCGCUCAAUCCGGACCUACCAAAGACGGAUCUAAUUCAAAAACUGUUUUGAGCUCAUGGUCGAAGAAGUCUAGCUCGUCGAGUAAAGGUUCUGGUCCGAGAGUAAAGAUUGCUCUAGAUUCUAACUCUGGAAAUAUUGUAAAUGGUGCUCGGGGCGUUAUCGGAAAUAUCUUAAAGGUCAUUGGAGGUGCCAACACCCGCGAAUCCAGCUCAUCAACAACUACAACCACGACAACUUCUGAGGGAUCCGGCUCAUCUAUUACUCCUGUUGUUGAAGGUACUUCCAGACAGAUUAAGACUGUCGUCGAAUCUGGAAACACUGCUCAAUCCGGACCUGCCAAAGACGGAUCUAAUUCAAAAACUGUUGUUUCGAGCUCAUGGUCGAAGAAGUCUAGCUCGUCGAGUAAAGGUUCUGGUCCGAGAGUAAAGAUUGCUCUAGAUUCUAACUCUGGAACUAUUGUAAAUGGUGCUCGGGGCGUUAUCGGAAAUAUCUUAAAGGUCAUUGGAGGUGCCAACGCCCGCGAAUCCAGCUCAUCAACAACUACAACCGCGACAACUUCUGAGGGAUCCGGCUCAUCUAUUACUCCUGUUGUUGAAGGUACUUCCAAACAGAUUAAGACUGUUGUCGAAUCUGGAAGCACUGCUCAAUCCGGACCUGCCAAAGACGGAUCUAAUUCAAAAACUGUAGUUUCGAGCUCAUGGUCGAAGAAGUCUAGCUCAUCGAGUAAGGGUUCUGGUCCGAAAUUACAGAUUGCUCUAGAUUCUAACUCUGGAACUAUUGUAAAUGGUGCUCGGGGCGUUAUUGGAAAUAUCUUAAAGGUCAUUGGAGGUGCCAACACCCGCGAAUCCAGCUCAUCAACAACUACAACCACGACAACUUCUGAGGGAUCUGGUUCAUCUAUUACUCCUGUUGUUGAAGGUACUUCCAAACAGAUUAAGACUGUUAUCGAAUCUGGAAACACUGCUCAAUCCGGACCUGCCAAAGACGGAUCUAAUUCAAAAACUGUAGUUUCGAGCUCAUGGUCGAAGAAGUCUAGCUCGUCGAGUAAGGGUUCUGGUCCGAGAGUACAGAUUGCUCUAGAUUCUAACUCUGGAACUAUUGUAAAAGGUGAUCGGGGCGUUAUUGGAAAUAUCAUAAAGGUCAUUGGAGGUGCCAACACCCGCGAAUCUAGCUCAUCAACAACUACAACCACGACAACUUCUGAGGGAUCUGGUUCAUCUAUUACUCCUGUUGUUGAAGGUACUUCCAGACAAAUUAAGACUGUUGUCGAAACUGGAAACACUGCUCAAUCCGGACCUGCCAAAGACGGAUCUAACUCAAAAACUGUAGUUUCGAGCUCAUGGUCGAAGAAGUCUAGCUCGUCGAGUAAGGGUUCUGGUCCGAAAGUAAAGAUUGCUCUAGAUUCUAACUCUGGAACUAUUGUAAAAGGUGCUCGGGGCGUUAUUGGAAAUAUCAUAAAGGUCAUUGGAGGUGCCAACACCCGCGAAUCCAGCUCAUCAACAACUACAUCCACGACAACUUCUGAGGGAUCUGGUUCAUCUAUUACUCCUGUUGUUGAAGGUACUUCCAAACAGAUUAAGACUGUUAUCGAAUCUGGAAACACUGCUCAAUCCGGACCUGCCAAAGACGGAUCUAAUUCAAAAACUGUUUUGAGCUCAUGGUCGAAGAAGUCUAGCUCAUCGAGUAAGGGUUCUGGUCCAAAAGUAAAGAUUGCUCUAGAUUCUAACUCUGGAACUAUUGUAAAUGGUGCUCGGGGCGUUAUUGGAAAUAUCAUAAAGGUCAUUGGAGGUGCCAACACCCGCGAAUCCAGCUCAUCAACAACUACAACCACGACAACUUCUGAGGGAUCUGGUUCAUCUAUUACUCCUGUUGUUGAAGGUACUUCCAGACAAAUUAAGACUGUUGUCGAAACUGGAAACACUGCUCAAUCUGCACCUGCCAAAGACGGAGCUAACUCAAAAACUGUAGUUUCGAGCUCAUGGUCGAAGAAGUCUAGCUCGUCGAGUAAGGGUUCUGGUCCGAAAGUACAGAUUGCUCUAGAUUCUAACUCUGGAACUAUUGUAAAUGGUGAUCGGGGCGUUAUUGGAAAUAUCAUAAAGGUCAUUGGAGGUGCCAACACCCGCGAAUCCAGCUCAUCAACAACUACAACCACGACAACUUCUGAGGGAUCUGGUUCAUCUAUUACUCCUGUUGUUGAAGGUACUUCCAGACAAAUUAAGACUGUUGUCGAAACUGGAAACACCGCUCAAUCUGCACCUGCCAAAGACGGAUCUACUUCAAAAACAGUAAUUUCGUCUACUAAGAUUUCGGGUACGACAGGAAAUGUUCUAGGUUCGGGCUCUGGAAAUACCAUUGAAGUUGGCAUCGGCCGAAGCGAUGUGAGUUUCAAUUCCGACUCUUCCACUUUGACUAAGCAUACGAGCACGUCACAAGAUAAUUCAUAUCAGCCAGGUGUUCUGGGCGUUAUUGGAAAGAUCGUAAAGAAAGGUCGAGAAACCAUAUCAGCAUCCAAUGAAGGAAAAAUCGAGACUGGUAAUUCGCAGAUAAAUGCUGGACACAGGCUUGGAAUUAAAUAUACCACUGGCAUGAAUCAAAGAGGCACAGGAAUCGGAACUGGUAUUCUGGGCGGCAUUGGAAAUAUGAUGUUAUCAUCCCAAACUGGUAAUUCGCAAAUUAACCCUGGUCCCGGGCAAGGAAUGGGAUAUUUAGCGGGCAUGAAACAAGGAGGCAUGGGCUACGGAACUGGGCAUUAUCCGUAUAUGUGGGGACCGUCUGGACCUUGGAUGCAACAUAACCCCGCAUGGGGUUAUUAUCAACCUCAAUGGGGUGCCGGAGUCUAUCGUUAA